CUUCGGCCCCUCCCCCGCGUAGUGAGGGCCCUGACGUCGCCAGUCGAGGGUAGCAACAGUUGCCUCGAGACCCCGUCGCGCCAUAGUGACUGUAGCCGUGGAGACAGUUACUUACCAACGGGCGCAACACUCAGCAACAGCGGCAGCAGCAUCUGGAAGUCAGCGAGCGAGUGGAGGAGAAAGAGCCGAGCAGAAGUUUUCUCAACACGAAGCAUGCAGAGCUCCGAGGGCGGGUCAGACACCACGACCAGCGUGGCAGCGCUGCGCACGUCGUCAUCAGCCCAGGCUCCUGUGGUACAGCCUGUCCCGGCCUCACAGCAGAGGGUGCUGGUUCAAGCCACAGGCUCAGCUCAGAAGGGAGGACAAGUACAGCAGCUUUCAGUACCCAGGGUUCAACAGGUCCCUCAGCAGGUGCAGCAGGUGCAACAUGUUUACCCAUCCCAGGUUCAAUAUGUAGGAGAAAAUGGAGAAACUGUUUAUACCAAUGGAACCAUCCGAACGGCCUACUCCUACAACCCUGAUGCCCAGCUCUACGGGCAGAGCAGCGGGGGAUCCUACUUUGAUUCGCAGGCUGGCGGAGCUCACGUCACCACGGUGGUCUCCUCCGCCAGCGGUGGGGUGCCCCCUCAUGGCAUGGUGGGCAUCGCCAUGGAUGUGGGCAGCAGCCACAUCAUCUCCAGUGGCAGCACCUACCUGAUCCAUGGAGGAAGCAUGGAGGGAAGCCGCAACCACAUUUCACACUCGUCACGCUCCUCCUCAGCUAUGCUUGAAAUGGCGAUUGAAAACCUCCAAAAGUCUGAAGGAAUUGCAAGUCACAAAAGCAGCCUGCUCAACAGCCAUCUGCAGUGGCUCCUGGACAACUAUGAGACAGCGGAGGGAGUCAGUCUGCCCCGGUGCUCCCUGUACAACCACUACCUGCGGCACUGUCAGGAACAGAAACUGGAUCCGGUCAACGCAGCCUCCUUCGGCAAACUCAUCCGAUCGGUCUUCAUGGGCCUGAGGACCCGCCGCCUCGGCACCAGAGGCAACUCUAAGUAUCAUUACUAUGGCAUCAGGGUGAAGCCAGACUCACCCCUGAACCGGCUGCAGGAGGACACCCAGUACAUGGCCAUGAGGCAGCAGCCUGUCCACCAGAAACAGAGGUUUAAACCACUGCAGAAGGUGGAUGGUAUGUCUGACAGCCUGUGUGGGAGCUCUCAGAAUUGUAACAGCACUCCAGAGCAGUCGGUGGCUGCUCAGAGUCAACAUCACCAGCAGUACAUAGAUACAUCCCACACCUUGCCUCCGUUUCCCACCCCUGAUUUGGGCACUCAGCCUCUGCCUGAGCGCAUCAACAUGAAUGAUAUCAAGAAGCUGCAGACGCUCUACAGAGACCACUGUGAGGCGACUCUGGACGUGGUGAUGAACCUUCAGUUCCACUACAUUGAGAAACUGUGGCAGACCUUUUGGUAUUCAACACCGCCAUCUAGUGACGGAAAUACAACCAUCGGCAACAGUGAUGAGGACCCAGAAGGUGUGAUUCCCAGAGAGAAGCUGGUGGCUCUGUGUAAAUAUGAACCCAUCAGACUAUGGAUGAGAAGCUGUGAUCACAUCCUCUACCAGGCUCUCGUGGAGAUCCUCAUCCCCGACGUCCUGCGUCCUGUUCCCAGCACUCUCACUCAGGCCAUUCGUAACUUCGCCAAGAGUCUGGAGGGUUGGCUGACCAACGCCAUGACCAGCUUCCCUCAGGAGAUCAUCCGCACCAAGGUGGCUGUGGUCAGUGCGUUCGCUCAGACUCUGAGACGUUACACCAGUUUGAACCACCUGGCCCAGGCAGCUCGUGCCGUCCUGCAGAACACCUCCCAGAUCAACCAGAUGCUCUCCGACCUCAACAGGGUGGACUUCGCUAACGUCCAGGAGCAGGCGUCGUGGGUGUGUCAGUGUGACGAGAGCGUGGUCCAGCGUCUGGAGCAGGACUUUAAAGUCACCCUGCAGCAGCAGAGCUCUCUGGAUCAGUGGGCGACCUGGCUCGACAACGUGGUGUCUCAGGUCCUGAAGCCACACCAGGGCAGCCCGAGCUUCCCCAAAGCUGCUCGGCAGUUCCUGCUCAAAUGGUCUUUCUACAGCUCCAUGGUGAUCAGAGACCUUACUCUGCGAAGUGCAGCCAGUUUUGGAUCCUUCCACCUGAUCCGUCUCCUGUAUGACGAGUACAUGUUUUACCUGGUGGAGCAUCGAGUGGCUCAGGCCACCGGAGAAACUCCCAUCGCUGUUAUGGGCGAGUUCAGUGACCUGAGCUCCAUGAUGCCUUCACUCCUGGAAAAAGACGCCUCCUUCUCUGACGAGAUGAGCGACCUGGGCAGCGAUGCCGACGCGUCCAGAGAACCUACUGAACCGGCUGUAAAGAGAGAGAGGAUUGAAAUGAGCCACCCUCUGCAGGAGAUGUGAGUCCAGUCCGAACAGGAACCCACGAGGACCAGCAUCACUCGCUUUAAAAGGUGACCCUGAAGUGGCUUUUGGGGCCUUUUGGGACACACAGGGCUUUUGAGCCGAGCACAAUGCGUCCUUCUGCAGUCGGUGUGUGCAGUGUACAUAGAGAGUAGCAAUGUCAGCCCACCCCCCUCAGUAGUUUGUAAAGUUGGUGAUCUUUCUCCCAGGAAGCUCUCGUCUUUUCUUUCCUCACAGGGGCGUUAACACAGGUCUGAUUCUUUUUCCAUUUUUUUUUUGUUGCAACUGUGAAUGACUUUGUGCAGUACCUUUCUAUUGGAUGUGUAUCUUUGAGUGCUGGUGUGUGGUGUUUAUGUGACUCUUAUGUUUUUUUCUCUAUCAAAUUUCAAACUAGUUGUGCCAUAGUGUCAUUUGAGUGCCUUAGAUCGCCAACUUUGAAACCACCACUACAGAUGCUGUCUAUCUGUCCCUCAGCUGUGCCUCUACCGCAGUAUGAAUGUAUCGUCUCCAAACCUCAGACAUUCGAAGCACCUUCAACAUUGGUUGGGUGUAGGCGUGUGCUCCUUGUUGCCUCUGCUGCAGCUCGCAGCAAACAUGGAAAAGAAAAAUAGAAUAAAAUAAUAAACAUGCAACCUAAUGACCCAAAGGACCUUUCCUUCAGUCCAUCCCACCAGCUCAGCCUGUCAGGCAGGGAACAGUCUAUUACCUGGGCUGUGUACCACGUUGGUUUGUUUACCUCAAUAGAUUUCUAUGCUAUGCUCCGUUUGGCUCAGAUGACACGAGGCAAGUAUUAAAAAAGAAAAGAUGUAGCCGUGUUGCGGUUUUCCCUCAUGUAAAUAAUUCCUCCCUGUGCUGUCAGGAACCUAAAAUCAUAAUCCAGUGACGAGCGUGCAAACCCGUGGUGGUUUUACUCCAUCGUCACAGAGUUGGGAACAAACCCAGAUCAAUAAUCUUAACGGUGAUGUUAAACUGGAAUCUGGUGUAAUUUCCUGAUAAGAACUGGCCGUACAUUUCAAAGGGAAGAUGAAGCUCUGGGCCUGUAAACCAAACAUACAAGGAGAAGGACGUGGUUGGCAUCUGAACCGGCACACGCUCCCCGACGCCGAUACUUAAACCUCAUGCUGUUACUCAGAUAAAGUCUUAUACUCUGUUUGGAUUAGAUAGAAAAAAAACAGUGCGUUAUUGGGGGAAUUUGUCCAUAAUGAUAAAUUAUAUAUAUAAAUAUAUAUAUAUAUCUUUAUAUGAUGUAGAAAGUGUGUGCUCUGUGGCCUUCGGUCUUUGCCUAAUCUCUCUCCUCAAACUGUAUCAGACGUGUAAUUGAUUAGACUGAUGUGUGUGCGUGAAAAAUCUGUUUCCAAUCUCGAUCGUUCAAUGUGUGAGAUUCAGUUUUCACUGCGGUGUUACGUGCACCGAGCGAAGCUGAUAAACUGUCACAAGAGAAAUCUCUAUUUAUAUGAAAUCUUCUGCUUUGAUCGACAGAAGCUUUGUGUUUGGUUGAUUUUAUUUUUUUCCCCUCGUUUUCUCCCCCUCAGAUGAUUUUGUUGUAGCGAUGAGAAACCUUGAGCUUGACUUUAUUUAAGGCUUUUUGUAACUUGUGCCUCCUGUCACAGUAAUUUGCCUUCAAGUGCUUUGGGGAUUUAAACAAAAAAAAAAAGUAAUUUCUAUGUGUACAUUGUAAUGUUUUGUAAGGCUGUUUUAGAUUUUCGGCGGAGGAUUAUUUUUUAUUGAACUAGAUUUGGUUCCUCUCACACGUAUACUGAACCCUUAUUUUUGUGUCUUUUUAAACCUGUUCUUGACUACACUUUAGCUAGCCCAGGACAGAUGAUGGUCUGUAAUAAACUGCAUAGUUCAGCUGUAUUUUGUACUUGGUCACAAUGUGUAAUAAAUUGGUGUAAACCAAAA